AUGAUAAAACAAGUAUCAAAACCAGAUUAUAGUAAGAUGAGUGAAGGUGAAUUGAGACUUCUACUCAACAAGCAUCAACAGAUGUUAAAUAAUACACGUUUAAUCAAUGGCCUGCCAGAUAGAGGUGAACGUUUACGUAAUGCCAUAGGUGAAAUUGAAAAAUUUCUUGCAACAUCAUCAUCACCUAUGGAUUGCGAUACUAUUACACAUCAAUUUUGUCAAAUGACAAUGUCAUCUAAAGACAACGAAAUUUUACAACAAAGCCUUCGCCUUGAAAAACCGACGAGAGAUUCGAGUAAAACAUCAACAUAUAGUAAUCAUUUUUCUGAUGAACGUUUAAAUGAAGUUAAACAACGUUUAAAAGCUCGACAAGCUGAACGUGACAGUAAAGCUACAGUAACAACAGCAAAACUUAUUUCAUUAGAUGAGGCUAUUCAAUUAUAUAACGAAGAAACGAAACGACAAGAAGAACAUUUAGUUCAACAAACAACAGCAAAAUUACUUGGAAAUAUGUCUCUGUCAAAAACUACAUUUGGUCUUCCACCAUCAACAACGAGUAAAACUAAUCUAACACAUCGUAAAACGACUACUGCAGAAAAUGAUGAUGAUGAUGAAGCCGGUGGUGAGAACUAUAUAGAUGAACUUGGUCGAGAUGAAGCAGAAAUAGUAUCAGAUCAUGACAGUGACGAAAUCGAUUAUCCUGAUGAAGUACAACAAAAUGAUGAUUAG